AUGGCCAGCGUGGCAGAGGAUCGACCCAUAGGGCCGCUUCCAGAUGUUCCAGGACAGAGAUACGUCUCCGUGUAUGCAUUGCACGCCGGCUCGGUAUUCCUGCCAGACCGGGAAGUCUUCGACGACUCGCUAGACACAGACACAGGUUCUAAAGUGCCCAGCUUCGCCUUCCUGAUUCAGCACGGUCAACGGGGGAAGUUAUUGUUUGAUCUCGGGCUGAGGAAGCACGGCAUGGGAUAUCCCCCGGCAUGGAAUGAGACCUUGCAGACGUUCACAGUCGAUUGUCCUCACGACAUUGUCGAUAUCUUGAACGGCGGGGACGUCGCUCCAAGUUCGAUCAACACAAUCGUGUACAGCCAUCUCCACUUUGACCACGUUGGUGAUCUCUCUCCCUUCCCGUCCGCCGAACUCGUGGCCUUACCGCGCUACCCAGACAGCCUCUGGCAGGAGUUCCCUCCGCACCAGAAAGUCCGUUACAUCCAGUUCGAAGACAACGUGCCACCAUCGCGCGUCGUAGCUCCCCUCGGGUCCUUCGAUCGCGGACUUGAUUUCUACGGAGAUGGCUCGCUGUAUCUGCUUGACGCACCGGGCCACUUCCCGGCCAUCUCGGCGCCCUUGCUCGCCCGAGAGAACUAUGAUGAGCUCGAUAUCGCCCGGAAGACGGUCGACAGGCUGAAAGCUAUGCAUGCUGUGGACAAUGUCGUGGUCAUCCUCGCGCACGAGAAGGAGAGACUGGACGAGAUGCCUCUAUUUCCGACAGCUCUUGACGAUUGGGCAGUCGAAGAAGCGCAGAGGAAGAGGGGCUAG